AUGUCCACGCUUCCUUACCAGGUGAUGGAUCUGCGAGACGCAACGUGCGAGGCCUUGUGCCAGUGCUCCAAGCUUCUGGAAGAUUCGGAUGAUCCCUGGCUCGUUGUCGACAUUUUUGAGAAGCUCCGUGAGUGGCUGCGCCGGGACGUCCUUCAGGUGCAGAAACUGCUGGACCCACUUCUCGAGGUACGUGCAUUGCAAGCCCUGCGGCGUUUUGGGACUCAAAACCUAGAGGUUGCCAGGCUGGGGCUUGGCGUCAUUGCCGGUUUCUGCCAGAGAAACGACAAUAACACGGAAUUGAUGGUGGCAGCCGGAUUUGUCGAGGACUUGGUCAAGCUAAUGGAUUUGCACAGAGAUGACGGAACCGUGCAGGACAAUGCCUGCGUGGCUGUCUGGAGGCUGGCCGAGCGACAGUCGCAUGGCGCAGAAAGGGUGGUAGAGACCGACGGAUUGCGGAGGGUGCUCACUGCAAUGAAGGACCAUCGCCGCAACUCCUUCGUGCAAGUGAAUGGUCUUCUCGCGCUUGAGAAGCUUGUUCUUAAAGGGGUGGUUCCGACAGAUGGAUUUCAUCAUGCGGCCCAAGAGGCUAUGAAAUGCCAUCCUCGCAAUCUGCAGGUCAGGCGCGCUGCCCUUCGCGUCAAGCACCUGGACCUGCGCCGUGUCGAGCACGAGAAUGAGAUGAUUCCCUUGAGCUGUGCCUUGCCAGUGAAGGCGGACGCUUUGAGCCGCUGGCUAUUGAGCAUGGACUCCUGUGGGCAGACGUCUCAGACAUUCUCAGACUUAAAGACUGGUGUUGUCAGAGCGGUUGGAGUCCACGGCAGGUUGCAGGGAAGUACAUCAGGCCUUGAUGUGCUCCACAAGCGUUCCUUGGUCGGAGCCGAGUUACGCAAAGGAAACUCGGGCAUCGCAGGCUCUUCGAGCGGUGGUGUCGAGACUGGGUUGCAUCUCUUGCAAGUUCAGAUUCGCGCACAGCCGGAAGUGAGCGUGAAUGUGGUGCCACAGCCACAAGAGCCAGAACUUCAAGAGCUCACGGCAGCUGGGUCCGGACAUCGUGCGGCCAGCCUCCGAAGAGUUCAGGCCGCACGCAAGGCACUUGCCGCGAUCCAGUGCCACCAAGGUACGACGAGUGCAAGCCGUGGAAGCCCGGUUCGGGCGAAAGUUUCGAUGUUUCUGUGGAGCGGGAGCCGCAUGCUGGAGAAGGAGGUUGUGGCAUCAACCGUGGGAGAGCUCAUUCGCACGGCCAGGGACACCCUGGAUGUAGAUGUUGAUGUGAUCUGUGAGGGUGUAGAACUGCAGCAUCUGCCUGCAGAUCUUGGGCUGUACGAUGGCGUCUGCCGCUCGUUUCCUGCAACCCUUCAGGCAUAUGCUGCAGGAAGUACGGAGCGUGCAAAGUGGCUGGAGAACCUGCUAGAACUUCAAAUAGACGCAGUCAGACGGCUGGUGUACGGGUGUUGGUGGAGCUCAAUCAGCUCUGGCUGCCACAGUGAUUGCGAGACUCUCUUGAGUCGGAGCAAGAGCGCACAGAGAGAUCAGAGAGCACGUAAGUCUCAUGCCGCUCCUGAGCCUGAGCCCGAGCUGGUCUCGCUCGUCCGAGAUCUUCAAGAAGAAGUUAUGGAGUCGGUGGGACCAAAAGGGUUCAGUGCACUGGAGACCGCAAUCGAGAGUGGUGAUGCAAAUCUUUGCAGAAUUCUGGUAGAAGCCAGGGCAAAUCUGGAAAACUCUCUCGACCGAGCCCUUGUCAGGUUAGAUCAUGACCAUGGACAGAAUGCCCAGAAUGUUGAAGACGUCUGCAGGAUUCUUUGGCAUGACGGAGUUGAAAUUGAAUCCUUUGAGGCCUGGAAAUCCAAGAAGCCGUGGGAGCGCUGUCUGCGAGCAGCUGCUACAGGCUGCACUUGGCUGGUAAAGGACCUUCUCCAGAAAGAAAAGCUGAAGUUUGAAGAUGUGGUCUGUCCGCGAACCCAGUGGAAUCUGACUUUGGAGGCUGCACUAACGUCUAAUGGAUCUCUCAUGGAGCUUGCAAUGCAAAAUGGCAAGAACGUCACGAAAUGCGACAGAAGCGGCCGCAAUGCGCUCCACUACGCUGCCUUGCAAGGGGAUGAGCAGUUGCUGGUGAUGAUCGCAGAGGGCCUCGGCCAGUGCGCGUUGGAUCAUCUGGACAGCGCUGACGAGCUGGGCAGGACGCCUCUUUGGUAUGCUGCUGGAGGUGGUCAUGCUGGGGUUUGCUCUUGGCUUUGUUCACGACGAUGUGACCCUGCGAAGCGCGAUGUUGAAGGCACAAGUGCCUACUUUCAAGCCGUGUGUUCAUCUCGCAAUGAACCUGUGCUUGCAAGUCUGUUUCCUGGUAAACCUUGCUUGGUACACCAGUUUUUCGAAUAUACAGCGGAUCACAAAGGGUUGACGUUAUGGCAUGCUGCUGCCAUGACAAAUGCCGUUUCUGCCGUGGAGUGGAUGGUCCAGCAUGCCGAAUCCCCUUCUGAUAUACUGUGUCGAGAGUCUAUGGAGGGCGACACACCGCUGCUCCGGGCGACCAUGGAAGGCCAUGUGGAAAUUGCACUCCUUUUGAUUACGUUAAGGGCAGACCCUGGGCUGCUGGCCCCGGGUUCUCCCAGAGACUGGGCGGAAGUGCUGCCCCUCCCCGAGCUGCAGAACACUUUCUGGAGGCACAGAAACGAAAUUGCUGAUGCAGGAUGGGCGGUGCGAUGGAAUGCUUACAGACUCGCAGCAAAGCCUUGA